AUGAAGACAGCCAUAGUUUUCAUUCUGGUGGCUUUGAUUGCCAUGGAGAUAGACAAGGCCUGUGCUCUGUCUUCUCAUGAAAGAUCACAAAAACCUGGAGCUUGUCCCAAGCUGCCCCCAAAUACUGUUGGAACUUGCAAUGAGAGAUGCUCAGGAGAUGAAACAUGCCCUGGUAAAAAGAAGUGCUGCAGCAAUGGGUGUGCUCAUGUCUGCUUGCGACCUGUCUUCAAAGACUCCUGA